GCCCCUCCCCGGGGCGGUGCCGGGGCCGGCUGUGGCGGCGGAGCGGGGCCAUGGUGAAGAUCGGUGUCCAGCAGCCGCCCGCGGCGCUCAAGCCGCACAAGGAGAAGGAGAAGGCGGCGGGGGGCGAUGGCGUGGCGGGCGCCGUGCUGCUGCCCCCGGGCGCCGAGGAGCCGGGCCCCGCGGCGCAGGGCCGCCGCUCGUCGCUCAGUGGGGUGUGCUACCUGACCAUGGGCCUGCUGGUGCUGCUGCUGGGGCUGGUCUUCGCAUCGAUGUACGUCUACAGAUACUUCUUCAUCACCCAGCUGCCCCGUGAGAGCGUGUUCCACUGCGGGGUCCUGUACGAAGACUCGCUGUACUCGCCCUUCAAAGGGCAGCUGGAGCUGCACGAGGAUGUCAAGAUCUACAUUGAAGAGAACUACGAGCAAAUCAACGUCCCAGUGCCCCAGUUUGGAGGGAGCGACCCUGCAGACAUCAUCCACGAUUUCCAGCGAGGUCUGACAGCAUAUCAUGACAUAACACUGGACAAGUGCUACGUCAUCGAGCUCAACACCACCAUCGUGAUGCCUCCGCGCAACCUGUGGGAGCUGCUGGUCAACGUGAAGAAAGGGACAUACCUGCCUCAGACGUACAUAAUCCAGGAGGAGAUGAUCGCCACGGAGCACGUCAGUGACAUGGAGCAGCUGGGCUCCUUCAUCUACCGCCUGUGCAGCGGCAAGGAGACGUACCGGCUGCGGCGGCGCGGCGCCCGCCGGCGUAUCAGUCGACGUGAGGCUGGAAACUGUCAUCGCAUUCGUCACUUUGAAAACACUUUUGUGGUCGAAACUGUUAUCUGCCAAAAGUCAUAAAGCCACUCUCCAGAUGUAACCUUCCUUGGCUUUGCUUGCACACACAUGCUCUCAGCCCUCUCUUUAGACAUGGUAAUCUGGCUACUUUUUAUACUGCCCCCAGCUUGUGCAGCUCUAACCUCUGGGGUCCUUUGUGACCCUUUCUUCCCUGCUACCUACCCAAGAUAUUGGCUGGGCUUAAAUUUACACAGUGCUCCAAGAUAGCUGGGGGUAGAUGCAGCUUCUUCCACACCACAGGAUGGGAAUCUCUUUUGGGAGCAGGUUUGGGUAGAAGAGAUGGCUGAGAAAAAGGAAUGCUGGCAAUAGGUGCUCUUUUCCUGGCUGAGCAAUUUCAGGCUGGGAUAUUGCUCUGAGGCUGCCAUGGCACUGGGACAGAGGGUGUAUGCACAAGGGGAGGAUUUCCAUUUUGGGGCUGAUAUAAUGACCUAAACCAGGUGCACUUUGGAAAGGAGUAGUUGUGAAGCUACAGACAGGGCAGUUUGAGAGCUCAGCAGAGGGAAGGUGGUGUCAGCAGCAGAACUGAUAGUUACUGGCAAGUCAAGAAGCAGAUUUUUCAAAUCUUUUAACAGUGUGUAUUCUUGUGUAACUCCUCCAGUGAAAGCUGUUUUGAUAGUAAUCACUGUAGUCCAGCUGUGUAUCACAUUAUCUGCAGGCACCAGUGGAGUACAGAUACGGACACAAGGCAAGAUUCAGCUGAUCAAUAUACUGCAGAGAAAUUGUUUGAACAAAACUGCAUUUCUAUUGAUCAUCAGGCAGAAGAAUUGCAGAGUAAUUAAAUAUUCUUCCUUCCAUUCCAUAAAUGUAGUUCAAACUAAUUAGGUUCUUGAAAUGCAGGCAGUUUUUUGGCUUCAGAGAAUGGGGUGAGUUUCAACUUGGCACAUUCUUCUUAAUUG